GAAAUAUCAAAAAGCAAUGCCAUCGCUGCUGACGCAUGACGAACCGGCGGCGGCCUCCGCCGACACCAACCUCAAGUGGCGCGUAGACGUCGUGCUUCACACCAAAGAGCAGACCAACGUCCAAGAACCCAAAGCGUUGGUGGAAUUAAGCUCUCAGGAGGCGGAAGGGAAUACCGUGAGAAUGCAGAUGUCGCGAGCUCAAGUGUCAGAAGUACUUCGCGAAUUUGAGAAGAUCCAACAACUGAUUGACGCCCGCCAAAAGGCAAAGGCUAAUUAGGUGCCCGUGAUGUCAAAACAGCGGACGACGGAGUUGUCUUUUCGUGGGUUCAUGUGUCAUUUCCAGUGUUUGGAACAUGAUACAUCAUGCAACACAUAAAGUUAACCUAUCUGCGGUUCGCCACGCCGAGAAAUCGAAGACUUACGAGGCCUACACGAUGGCCACAUUGCAGAGGAUGUACAGGUCAGCAGCACGACGCCGCCGCCCUUGGUUAGCCCAAUAAAGUUAUCUCUCUGCGCGUGGUAGAGGCAAAACACGCUGCGAGAGUUAAAGUUGAGAAGCUAAAAGUAUGAUCCUAUCACGAU